CACAAUGGCAGCCGAAGUGAAUAUUUAAAUGCGACAGGCAGCCCAGUUUUGGCGUUGGUUAUGGUUUCUGUUUACUAUUUCCAGCGUUUUAUCUGAAACGCAUCAACUGAGUCCAGUCUUCGACCUUUAUUCUAAAACACAUUUAAAGAUGCAGGUUAUUGAGCAUCCUGUUGAGAGACUGCACACUGCUCUGCUGUCCACACGGAAAGAUCUAAUAGAAACCUACCAGCAAUUCAGCAGACCAGAGAAGACACUUUUAGAAGAAGGACUCCUGCCUGGCAAUUCACUUUUCAACCCCAUCACCAUUCACUCAAACUCAGACUGGAUUCCUGCGCAUCCAGAGGAUCCUCAAGACUUUCAGAGUUUUUACAUCAACCCUUACCGCCGUUCUCCAAGCAGUGGGCAUAAUACCAUCUACAUUCAAACUAUUGGCUCUUUUGGGGAAGGAGCGGAUGUGGCAGUGCAGUAUGUUGAAUGGCUGAAGGAUUACUGCCAGGCAUUUUAUUAUGGACUAGUGGUCAAGCUUUUACCACCGGUAACAGUUGCUUCAACAGCGUGUUCAUUUCGCAUCAACGACAACACGCACAACCUUCAGCUUCAUGCUGGAGAGCUGUUAAACUUCUUGAAAAAGAAGAAGCCCAGAGAUGCUUUUUGCAUUGUGGGGAUCACCAUGAUCGACUUGUACCCCAGAGACUCAUGGAAUUUUGUUUUUGGCCAGGCUUCUCUCACUGACGGAAUGGGAGUAUUCAGUUUUGCCCGAUAUGAUGAUAAUUUUUACCAGAGAAGCUAUGCAGGACGGCUGAAGAAGAAUUUAAAACUAAAGCUAGGAGACUACUCAGUGUUUGAGAAUUACUACACUCCUCCAAUCACCAGCACUCUUCUCCUCCGCUCCUGCAAGACCCUGACACAUGAGAUUGGGCAUAUAUUCGGUGUGAAGCAUUGCCAGUGGCUGAACUGUGUCAUGCAAGGCUCCAAUCACUUAGAGGAGUCUGACCGUCGACCUCUUGACCUCUGCCCCAUCUGUUUGCGUAAACUACAGUCUGCCAUUGGAUUCAAAAUAGCUGACAGAUACAAGGCCUUGCUGCACUGGACUGAAGAUGGAGCUGCCAGCAGUGAACAAAAUACAAAACCCACACAAGCCUUCCAAGAGUAUAAACACUGGUUGUAUAAGUGCUUACGAAUAUUGAAAGGUGAAAAAUCAUGAUCCAGCCAGUAUGAUCUUUUGCUCCCUACAAGCAAUGUUAAGGCAAGUGGAGACAUGCUAUAUGCACAUUCAUGAAAAGAGCUUUGGUGAGAAAGCUUAAAUAACAUUAAAUAACAUUUUAUUUCUCUCUUUUUGUUUAAAAUGUGAGUUAAAUCAGAAAACAAUUUUCAGACAACAGUCUAAAUUUAUUUUUAAUUUUAAAAUCUGAUGUAAAGAUUUUGAUUACAGUUGUCUGUUGUGCAGAAACAGAAGACCUCUCAAGACCACAUAUGCUCAUCCCACUGAACAGAGCAAAUAUAAUUCCUUUCCAUUAUAUAAAAAUCCAAGUCAUGUGACAGUAUUUCAUAACUAAUAUAGUUUUACUAUAGAGGUAAUUGAUGAAGCAGUCUUAUAAGACACUUUCACAUUUGAAUUUGGCAUUGCAUUACAUUGGGAAUAUUUGUCUUGAUUUCAGUUGUACAACCUAAGCUCUGCAAAGCUUUGAAUUCACAGUUAUCUUUAAUAAUAGAGAUGCAAAUGUAAUCCACACAGUUGAUAACAUUGCAUCAUGAUCAUGUGGUGGAAAAAUUCAUUUAACACUGCUUCUGUAUGCCUAUAUAUGCAUGUAUUUUCUUAGAAUUGCUGUGUGGGUUCAGAGGGGCGACAUCUGGGGGGGAAACAGAUGUCUGAGGAUGACCUGAGGGGGUCACCUAAGUCCUAAAUGUGUGAGAAACCGCCCAUAGAGAGUUUUCCUUGUUAUGUGUGGAAAUUUACAGCUGCUAAGACUCUGUAACCUUGACGCAGCAAAGGGAUUUAAGGUGGAGGACUGCCCUCUUCCUGGGUCGGUUUCACUCUGCAGGAACUCAGUGUUGCUGUAUGACUGUCUGACCAUCUUUGCAAAGAAUAAAAGCUUUCUUUUUAAUUAUACCUGAGAAUGAGUCUGUCUCUUAUGCUGAUGAGAGUUGAUUUAAAUUUUGCCACGACAAUUUGGUGUCAGAACGUGGGAUUCUUUGGAUGUGUCUUCUGGACCUGUGAGCGGAUGGUGACUGAUCAUCCUGAACAAUAGAAGUUCAGCCCUAACCCCGAUUAGAACCUGAGUGGCAACAGAACUCUCGGGUGAAAGCUGCUCAGGAGGAGGUUGCUGAAACACCGUUGCAUAACGUGAAACCAGGAGAUUUCGUGGUGGUACGAGACCUGAGGAGAAAGAGCUGGAAGGCGAAAAGGUGGAUUGGACCGUUCCAGGUGCUUCAGACCACUCACACGGCUGUAAAAGUAGCAGAGAGAGCAACGUGGAUCCAGGCCAGCCACUGCAGAAAGGUCCCACCUACAUCAGACUAAACAAUACUCUAAACAGACACUAUUUGCAUUAAUAAAGUUGUUUACCUGGUUUUAGUACCAUUAAAGAGACAGAUGUUGUAGUAGUUGAAAGUUGACCUGAGGUGAGCUGAAUAUGCUCAAUCCAUUGCUCUUUUGCAAAUAUAUAAACAAGGUUCCUUUUAAAAAUAAAGUAUCAAAUACCUCUUUCUAACAGUUUUCUAUAACAUUUACAUAGUUUAACCUUAGUUGCUGAAUUCAGCCUUAUUAUUGGUCAUUGCUUUACCCAUCAGUGCCUAGUAAUCACCCCUUGCCUAUAAUCACUAAAACUGCAAAAAUGUGGUUUCCUGUUACACAGUGUGUGUGUCUUUUGCAUCUAGGAUUCUAAUCGACAAAAUACUUAAUGUUUAGUAUUACAAAUGUCCAUACAUGUGUUUUUUCAAGCCUAAUCAUAGUUUUCUUGACAGCUACUGCUAAUAUAGUGUACUAUGAUCAUCACAUGUAUGAUCUCGGUGUAGAAACUGUUGUACAUCUUAAAGGGUUAGUUCACCCAAAAAUGAAUUCUGUCAACAUUUACACAACCUCACAUGGCAUUCCAACUUCCAAACCAACAAGACUUUAAUUUUAUUCACAUAUUAACAUCAACAUACAUACAUAGAGCACCUAAAAUAUGUGAAACGUAAACUCAAGAGCACUUGAGGAAAAGUGAGAAAAGGACCUAAUUGGUUCAUGUGGGUCAAUGAUGACUGAAUAUUCAUUUUUGGGUGAACGAACCCAUUGAGUGAUUAUUAUGAAUCAUAAUGUUGCUAUGUUUUAGUCAUAGGUUUGAUAGUACCUAAAGUUCUGCUAAAUUUCAGAAAGGAAGUCAAGACUUAAUAUCUUGAUUAUCCACUUCUAGAAUUUCCUCCAGUUUGUCUUUGCACACUUGCUCCACUAUGGGGUUAUUCUGUCUAUUCUUCCUCCUCGAGCACAGUUGACCUGUCUUAGAUGGACGUACGAACCCAAGGAAGAUGGCACCUAGUCCCAUUCCAGCAGCACAGGAGUAGAAUGCAGCCCUGUAAUUUUGCGUAACAUCCACAAGGAGACCUAGAAUAUUUGAAAGGGAAAUGCAGUAAGUUGCUAGUUUGGGGAGUUUUUGCUUCUUAAAAUUAAGCUUUGCCAUCACAGAAAUAAAUUACAUUUCAAGAACACUGCUUAAAAAUUUAAAAGGGAACACUUAAAUCAUGCAUUUGAUCUCAAUGAACAAAACUGUGUAAUUCGUUGAGAACAAAAUUAUGUGACAAUGGUCAAUGGAAACUCAAAUAACAACCCACUGAGGGCUGGAUUCCAAAUUGCACCUAAAAUCAGGGCCAUGCACAGACAUUUUGAGGGGCAGUGGCCCAAACCAAAAAAAAAAAGGGGCACAAGGAGGGUGGGUGCUUGUUAAUAGAAAUUAUCCAGUUGUUACAAAUAUACAAUUAAAAGAGAAAUCAGCACACUCUGUAAUAACUGACUUUAUUGUAGAUGUUUUGAUAAGAGUGGGCUCUUCCUCACUCUCUGAGCCUGCUUCUGCCUCAUCUUAAAUGGAAGUAGGGGAGAGUGGGGUAAGUUGAGUCAGUGGGUAAAUUGACCAAACCCCUGCAUGUUAGCAAAUGUACACUUUUACUGUCAUGUGACAAUGUAUUUUGCUACCACCCAUCAUUUCAGCCAGACUGUAUAAAAGAGAAACACAUUGGGGUAAUGAAAGGCAUCAUGGCCGUAGCCAGAGUUUGAAAAUUAGUGUGGUCUAGGUGGGAAUUGUGCUAUAAUUACCCCACUUAUUAUAUACACUAAACACUUUGAAAGAGACCGAUACAGUAUGUAGAUGUUUGUGAAAGAUGUUUAAUCUGUUUUGGAGGAAUGAGCACUGUUAAAUUAUAUCACAUUUCACAAUUAGGUUAGGGGUAUAUAAUUGUAUCAGUUGUUUAUUAUUCAUUAAGCAAUACAUAGGCCUAUUACUGUUAUAGUUUUCAUUAAUAACGAUUGCUAGAGUAUAUAAUGUAAAUGAUAACAUUGCCCUUGGCAUGACUGAAAAUGUAACUACAAUAUGAAAUAGCAUAGAUGUAACAUACUUGUUCUACAGAUCUCUGUAGUGUUAUAUGCUACUGUUUUUGAUACCGUUGAUAAAAUGUAUGACUGAUAAUAUCAGGAGUUUUUUUUUUUUUUUUUUUUUUUUGCGUUUUCCUUACCGAAUGUGGUAUCCUGUCAGCAAUGUCUGUGGGCUCUUUUGAUUAUGAUCGGUUUAAGUUCUGGCCGUGUUGCUAGAUAUUGCUAUGAAAACAAAUAAUAAUAAAUAAAUAAAAAUAUCUUUCCACCUGUAGUCACUAAUGGCCAACAGACUCUCUGUUUAGUUUAAUUUAUGGAAGGCUACAACUUUGGUGUUCAACAUAUUGUUUCAGAAACAAACAAUUAAAUAUUGAAAUGUAAACUUCAUUUGGUUGGUUUUAUGUUGUUAAAGUUAACUUCAAGAAAAUAAAUAUGACUGUCUGUAAAAGGAAAUUAUUAAAUUAGUUUUUAAAUUAUCUAUUUCACAUUGGAUCAAAUCAGAUUUGGUCUGAUUACUAGUAAUAAUUAUAAAAAAAAACAAAAUUGUCUACAAAUUCUGCCAACAACAGCAAAUUUGGUGUUAUCUAUAUUAGAUCUGUUCAGGUACAAUCAUAUGAUUAUACAUUCUAAUUCUAAGAAUGUGCACAUUUAGAAGGCCAAGUCAUUACCAACAAAAACAAACAAUCUACCAACUAAUUCAGCGGAUCAACCACUGACUAAUGUGGAUCGUUAUAAAUCUACCUGGGAAUGCAACUACCUUCGGGUGGUCUCCACUCUCCAGAGAGUGGAACACAGAAUUUGAGUGAUGCUGCGGAGCUGGCGGUAAACACGGAGCAGAUUCGAGGAAUCAGCGGAUCUUUAGCGGAGCCGUAACAGACAGCUUUGAGAUGGGGUGAUGGGGGGCAUAGGUGAGAGGGGCACCUCAGCAGAUGAGGGCAAAGGGGCAGCCACCGGGCCACCCCCCUGUGCAUGGCUCUGCUGCUUAAAAUCAAAGUAAAAAACUGAUAUUACAAGUUCUUAGAACUUGCAUGAAUUUCCUCAAAGCAUCUCAUAAUGCAAGUCAGCAGUGUGAAACGCCCCCACGUGCCGGUGUGCACUCCCGACAUCAUUUAGGCAUGUUCCUGAUGAGAUAAAGAAUUUCCUGGGACAUCUCCUGCAAGAACUAGAUCAGGGCAUCUGUGAACUCCUGGACAUUGUCCUGGUGCUCUUCUGUAGCCUGGGAUGCUCUAAUACAAUGUCUAAUACAAUGUUCUCAAUUGGAUUCAGGUGCGGUCAAUUGAAUCAAUACCUUUGUCAUCCAGAAACUGCCUACACACUCUAGUCAUGUGUGGCCAGGUAUUGUCAUGCACUAGGAGGAACCCAGGGCCCACUGCACAAGCGGAAGGUCUGACAGUGGCUCUGAAGAUCAUAUCCCGGGACUUAACAGUAGUAAGGGUACUGAUGGCUAGCAAAUGGAGGUCUGUGCGACUCUCCAAAGACAUUCCUCCCUAGACCAUCACUGACCCACAAGUCAGAAACGUACACCAGUAGCCUGAUUGAGACCAUUUUGGAGGGCUCUGGCAGUGCUUCUCCUGUUCCUCCUGCUGCUGGGCCCUCCAUACCCCUCUAUACCAGUACUUCAUAUGGCUCUGUCCAGCUUUCCUCAUGUAAUGGCCUGUCUCCAAGUUAUGUCUUCCAUGCUCACAAGACUUUGCUGGGAGACCCACCAAGCGUCCUUGUGAUGGCAUGUAUGGAUGUACCAUCCUGGGGUAUCUUUGCAACCUGAUUGGGUUGCUGGUACUAACAAAACACAAAACUAAAGACAAAUCAGUCAGGAAGGAAGGAUAAUGAGAGAGCAAUUGUCUGUGGCCACUAACUGCAAAACCAAUCACUUUUUUUGGGGCAGUCUUGUUUUUGCUUCUCCAGUGCACCUGUCGUCACUUUCAUUUGCACCAAAGCAAGAGAAACUGAUUCUCAAACACUUAUUCUUCCUAAUUAUACAGAUUUAUGUUUAAAUUACUUGAUGUUACACUGUGAUGAUUAAGUGUUCCAUUUUUUUGCAGUUUACAUUACAGUAGAAAAUUAAUUCAUUUAGAAUUUAAAAAAAAUGUGAACAUUAAAAAAGUUUUUCACCAACUCCAAAACUUUGAAUGGUGGCGCAAAACAUUGAAUUCUUCUUACCUCCUAAUGGUGGACCAGCCAGUCCUGCAAAGCUCUGAAUACAGACAUAGACGCCUACAGCUAAAGGCAUCCUCUGGAUCCCUACGACAUCAUCCUCGGCCAACAUCGGGAUGUGCAUGGAUGCAAUGUUCCCAAGUAAGAAGCCGUAAAGCACACAGCACACCGCCAGCCCCCAGAAGCCAUUAACCACAGUAAACAACACCAGCACCAGGGACAUCAGUGACACACAUCCUAGAAGUAUGAAGAUCUUUCUGAUAUGACCCCAGUUCAGGGCCCAUCCAAUGGAUAGACGUCCAAAGAUCUCAGCAAUGGCCAUUGUUGACAGCAUAUAGGCCGCCUUGCCCCUCUCGGUACACAAAUUUGCGCUGAGCUCCACCACAUACAGCUGCAGAGUGAAAAAGCCCAGUGUUGCAAAAAGGCCAAAGGCUGAAUAACAUAAGAAACUCCCUUCUUUUAGUACAGUCAAAUCCAGGAGCUUAUUUUUGGUUGACACGGCUUGUUGUUUUGGAGAAAUCUGAAGUGGUUCCGCUUCUUUCUGUUCCUUCCCAGAUUUGAGACCCUGUUUCAGCUCAUCAAGUGACUGUACACCUGAAUCUUUAAAGCAAGCAGAGCCUUGCAUUUGUUCUUCAGGAAAAGAGCAUGUGAUCUUCUUGUCAGUUUCUGCUGGAAAAAUCUUUGGUUUGAUGACUAUGGGAUGGAGCAGAGCCCCACAGAUAAUAAUGGUGCCCUGUAACGUUCCAAUCACCACCAUUGUGUACCUCCAUCCAAUUAAGUUCGUAAGAGCUGUGAAAGCUGCAGAAACAAUUGGACUGCAAAACAUUGGACUCUGUGUGUCACAAUUAUGAAACAUUUAUUUUUAACAUGAUGCAUAAUAUGUGAUGAUAUUACAUUGGAGAUGAGCAUGCAUGCCCUCACCUGGAGCAAAAGCAAAUAUAGCAAAUGACUCUCCAGUGGAGGCCAUAGCUGUGACCACAGAACGACGCCUGCUGAAGUACUGGGACAAGAUUGUGAUGGUUGGCAGAAAUGUCAGACAGUAGCCCAGUCCUGCAGAAAGUAGGAGGCAUCUAAAAAUCAUUUAGUUAGUAAAUCAAACGUCUUAAACAUAAUGCAUUACUAUUUUUUAUUGUAAAAUGUACAUACUUACAGACAAUCCUGUACAGUUUAGUUUUAACAUUAAAUAUGAGCAUAAUACAGUCAAUUGAAAAUAAAAAAAAUGAAUGAAAAGGGAUCCAAUGUUCAGACUUAUACAGGUACGAUAUUUCCUCUGCAUACAUUUCUGUUCUUGCUCUCUUUACUGUGAUCCUUCAGAAAUCAUUCAAAUAUGAUCGAUAUGGUGCUCAAACAACUUGUCAAUGUUGAACAUGACUGUGCUGCAUAAUGUUUUUGUGGAGACCCUGAUAAAUAUGUUUUUCAAGAUUCUUGGAAGAAUAGAAGGAUCAAAAGAACAUAAUUUAUUUGAAAUAGAAAAUCUUUUGUACCAUUAUAAAUGUAUUUACUGUAACUUUUCAUCAAUUUAAAGGGAUGGUUCAACAAAAAAUGAACAAUAUGACAAUAUGUUUAGUCUUAGUCUUGCGAUCGAGAACCAAGUUUUGUUUACAGCAAAGGAAAUCCAGUCUCCUCUGGCUUGCCUUGAGGGUGAACUAUGCCUUUCGUGCAUCCUUGCUGAAUGAAAUAUUAAUUUAUUAAAAAAAAAAACUUACUAAAUAAAAUGUUUGAAUAGUUGUGUAUAGUUCAAGGCUUUACCUACCUGUCACAAUCCCAAUAGUGAGGUACAUCUGACUGAUGGAGCUGGUGAAUGCUGUUGAGCAAUGACUGUGGAGAGAGUGAGCAGCACCAAGUUCCUGGGUGUCACAACAGCGUCUCUACUUCCUCCGCAAACUGAGGAGAGCCAGAGCCCCACCCCCCAUCAUGUACACCUUCUACAGAGGCACCUUCGAGAGCAUCCUGACGAGCUGCAUCACUGUGUGGUAUGGCGCCUGCAAUGCGUCCUGCCGAAAGACUCUGCAACGCAUAGUGAGAGCAGCUGAGAAGAUCAUUGGUGUUUCUCUCUCCUCCCUCCAGGACAUUUAUGGAACACGUCUCACCUGCAAAGCCCUCUGCAUCGCAGGUGAUCCCACUCACCCAUCACACAGCUUUUUUCAGCCUGCUACCAUCAGGGAGGAGACUGCGGAGUCUCAGCAGACUGAAGGACAGCUUCAUCCACCAGGCUGUCAGGAAGCUGAACUCCCUCCCGAACCUGCCCCCCCUCCCCUCUUCUUCCCCAGGCAUCUCUGAACUAUGAACCCCCCCCCACACACACACACUAAUUAUUAUAUGAUGGCAUGCACUAGUCAAUUGUGCAGCAUUGGUCUGCUCACUACCUCAUUCGGCAUGGAACUGACGUCAUUCAACUACCUCAUCAGUCAGUUAAAUAACUGCUCUUGGUCACUUGUCACUUUAAUCAGACUUAAUAAAAUAUUUUUAAUAAGUGAUUUUUUUGCACUAAAAAAUCUUUUAACUGCACUGUUGUUCACUUCAUUAAUUUUAUUAUAUGUAUUUUUUUAUAUUAUAUGUAUCAUUCCCUUAUUGUAUAGUUGUAUCUACAUUUUAUAUUUGAUCUAUUUAUUUUUGUUUAGGCUUUAAUGUUAAUGUUAACUUUAUGCACCGGGGUCUGAGAGUAACGCAAUUUCGAUUCUCUGUAUGUAUGUACUGUACAUGUGGAAAUUGACAAUAAAGCAGACUUGAACUUGAA